UUUCGGUUUUGUUUACAUUUCAGUGGCGCCGGUUCUGUGCUCCUAGAAGUGUGUUGUAGAAAUAUUCACGAAACUCAAAUAGAACGUAAAAAGCACUAAACUACUUAUUUGCUUACUGUACAAGAUUAAUCAGUCUCAAUUGCAUCGAUUCAAUCAUAAAUCUCAAUUUCCUUGAGAUAAGCGUGAUUCAAAUCUUCGCCGAACAUUGUUCAGAGUUGCGCGCGCAUUGUACGCUACCAACGAUCGUUUUUCAAAGCGCGUAGUUCCGCUAGUGUCUACAGUAGGCGGUGGCGCUGUCACAUCAAACUUCAGCUUUCAAACUGCCAUAAAUGUCAAAACAGUUCAACAUCAAAUUGGCGGCCAUUCGGCAUCACAAUAACGAAGUUGAUUUGUUCCAUCGCCGCUUUUGUUUGGCUUGUUUUCGUAUUUAUUUUCUAUCGGUAGUUUAAACGUUUCACCGUAAACUAUGUCACGACGGAAACCAGGCCCGGCCGAUGCGGGUGGUGCAAAGCGACCGAAGCGUGCCAACAAUCUUUACACCAGACCGGAGAAGAUCCCGCUCGGGACGAUUUUAACCGAUGCGCUAAAUGUCCCGUGGAAGGUAGGACCGACAAUAGGAUCCGGUGGCUUCGGGGAGAUCUACUGUGCGUACUGCUUUACACAUGCUGCACCGAAAACCGUUGCCGAGUAUCCUAACGUUGUGAAGAUCGAACCGCACGAAAACGGGCCGCUUUUUGUUGAGACACAUUUCUAUCGCAAGAUCUGCAAGGUGGAUGACGUAGAACGGUACAGAAAACUGCGCAAGCUGAAGCACCUGGGCAUGCCGUACUAUCUUGCUAGCGGAUCACACACAUUGAACAACGUCAAGCAUCGAUUUUUGGUGAUUCCGCGAUUCGGCACUAGUUUACAGUCGGUUUACAUGCAGAACAAAAAAUGCUUACCAUUGUCUACUGUAUGCCGGGCUGGCAUGCAGAUGCUGGAUGUGCUGGAGUACAUCCAUUCGAACCAGUAUGUACACGCUGACUUGAAGGGUGACAACAUUCUGUUUGGCAUGGGUGAUCGUGGCCGGGAGCGCUUGUAUUUGGUGGACUUUGGCAUGGCCAGCCGUAUUGUGCUGGAAGAUCAAUUCAAGCCAGAUCCAAGAAAGAAACACAAUGGUACCAUCGAGUAUACGUCGCGUGACGCACAUCAGGGUGUAAUGACGAUGCGAGGAGAUUUAGAAAUAUUGGCCUACAAUAUGAUCGAAUGGGCUGGUGGGUGUUUACCCUGGAAGGAAGAAAAAUUGUUGAAAGAUUGCAACAAAGUGCAGCAGAUGAAGGAGGAAGCUAUGAGUGAUGUGGCUGGUUUGCUGAAGCAAAGUUUCCGAAAGCAUGUAUCCGUACCGAAAGUAUUGCAACCAUUUUUGGAGUUUGUAAACGGUUUGCGGUAUAACGAAACGCCCAAAUAUACGGUUUGUGGGAAAAUAUUCGAAAAAGCACUCAAAACACUUGGCGCUACAAAUACGGGAGUCCUCGAGGUGAGCAUCGCCAGUGCAUCUAACGUGAACGAUUCUUCGGGACCGAUGAACAAAACAAAAGCAAAAAAACGUAGAACACUGGACACGUCCGUUUCUAACGGGUUAGCUGACACGGAACCAAACACACUGGACGAUGAAGAAAACUCACACAGUGUUCGCACUCCCAAGCGAAAUCAGAAAACAGCCGUUGUUAGUCCUUCAUUGAUGAAGCAAACUAAGCAGCGCACUGGGAACAGAUCGCACACUGUACCAGACACAGUGCCAAAUACACCAGAAGAUGAUGAAGAUUCGCCCGUACUCUCCCAGAGAGCCAAGCGUAGGAUGGACCGUUCCGAUGCGUCCAUUGCUGAACAAACACGGUUGAAAAAACCUUUACUACCCAACCCACGAAAUAUGGCUUUGAUCGACACGGUUCCCAACACACCAAAUGAGGAAGAAGAUCUUUCCACUGCCCUUUCGAAAGGGAGUCGAAAACCUAAAUACAACCCCGAUGAGGCCGCCGAUUUAAUCCGUGGAAGGUAUGAUAAAAAGAUAACUGUUGAAGAAGCUCGGUCCACGCGACGCAAGGAGCGAACGCACACGGUCGUACAGAGUGCGUCAUCGCAGGGCAUAAACAUACGCAUCGAAACACCGCGAAAGAAACGAACAGGAACCGUUCCCUCCGAAUCUCCCCAGGAAAUAACUAUCAAACUAACGCUAAACGCGAAUGUGUCGGUCAACACCAGAAGCAAGCGGAAUGGAACGGUCGUUGUUAGUGCAUCGCACCAUAAUAUGUCGAUGGAUUCGAGCAGAAAUGACGAAUCGUUGGAAGCUUCGCAGGAUGUUAUCGAUUUAUCGUCUGCCACUGAGGAGAACAACGUGUCACGGAACUUGUUUGAUGAUUAUUAAACCGACCGACCGGGACUUCCUUAUGUUCGAUUCGCUCUGUAAGUAUGCAUGUACUAUCAUUGUUUAUUUGGUGUUCGAUUGCAAUGAUAGAAUAAACUAAAUUGUUGCGCUGUGCAAACGGUUUUUUUACCAUAGAAAAAAGCAACAUUGCGAGCGUUAGCUCGCUGAAAGAUCUACAAAAUUAGAGAAUCAGUUAUACCGGGGAAAACGGCAAACCGUUGCAACAUUCUUUCACGAAUCAGUGUGCUGGCACGGUAGAAUCAUUCCCAUAAAAAUUGUUUGAUGCCCCGGGUUGUUAUCCUUGUGGGAAACGUUAUAAGAACAGGGUUGUUUAUGUUUAGAAUUGCAUUAUUUCAAACAAAUGAUAAGAAAGAAGCAUUAACAAACUGUUACUAUUGCUUUAUUGUUCUCAAAUUUCUUACACUCGUCAAUUGCUAUCUCGCUGCUUUAUACACAAUUAAUCCUCUGAUAAAUGUAACACUAGCUAGCCUAGAGUCAAGUUUAGUUUUUUAGAAGUACUAAAUGAUUUUUUUACAUUACGCUACUAAUGUUAAACGACGAGCAACAAAAACGUUAACUGUACAAGAACGUAACAAUAAAUUCGUUGCAUUUAUGAAGUAAAAUAAA